AUGAAAGAGCUUGGAAACAUGUAUCUGGAAGAGCUCUCUAUCGUUUAUGAAUCUAGACGUGAAGGAUGUACUACUGAAGAGAGUAGUAAGGUUGAUAUGCUCGAUAAUGAUAGUUUUCUCAAGAUAAGCACCUCCUCUCAAAUUAAAAAGUUACUACGUCUUGCUGUUUAUUCGGCACAGGCUUUGAACGAUGCAAUUGAUGAUCGCCUUUCGUCAGCUAAAAACUCUCAAACCUCUAAUGAUCAGGAAAAUAGUGUUGAACUCAGACAUUACCAGACCCUAUCUAUUGAUGAACAAAUGAUAUUUCUUUGCGACAAGUUUGGUAACCAGGGCCAUCUCGAUUUCUCCACUACUACUAUAGCUAAGAGAUUUGGAAAAUCUAUUAAAGAUUUCGGUCUGAAGCUUCAACCAACUUUGACACAUAUGAAUCCAAUGUGCCGUUACAUCCGCUUGGCACUUUCCAGCAUCACCGCAAAAUCCCAGAGACGGCCAAUUUUUCGCAAAUACCUUGUCACUGCUGAUCAUAAUGAGUCCUGGUACCGCACACAUGUUUAUGGCCCAGUCUUUGAUAAUGCGUUCAUUUAUGAUAAGAACUUCAUCACCAAAAGAGCUGACUGUAUUUCAAAUAUUACGAAGGAAUUUGAUGAUGUCCCCAACCAGCGUGUUGACUUUAUUCUACGCAACCUGAAUGAUGACACUGACUAUCUUUCGGCAGAGGAAAAGCCAGGCGUCAAAGGCGUCAAAAAAGAUAUUAGUAAAGGAAAGGCCCUUCAACUGGCAAUGCUACGCAAGUGGGCCCAAUAUGUUGGCAACAGCAGAAUCUCCAACUUAGAAGCAAUUACUUGCCAGUGGCAAGGUGUUAAACUACCACCCUAA